GUGCCUGGCGCCCCUCCCCGGCCCUGGAUUCCACUUCCCCUCCACUCCCGCUGCAGCCGCAGCUGCCUACAGGCCCCGCGCCGCCUCCGGAGUCCAUGGCCGGGACCCGCUGGGUGCUCGGGGCGCUGCUCCGGGGCUGCGGCUGCAACUGCAGCAGCUGCCGGCGCACAGGCGCCGCCUGCCUGCCCUUUUACUCUGCCGCCGGCACUUUUCCUUCGGAAGUCUCCGGCCGUCGCCGGUUGCUACUGUUGCUCGGGGCCGCCGCGGCCGCCGCCUCACAGACGCGGGGCCUCCAUACCGGGCCUGCGCCCACCGGGAGACUGGCGGGGCCUCCCCCUGCGGCCGUGUCCGCCGCCGCCACGGCUGCCGCCUCUUACCCGGCCUUGCGCGCCCCUCUGCUGCCGCAGUCCUUGGCUGCGGCCGCGGGCCCGGCGCGGGGUUACAGCCAGGAAUCUAAAACAACCUACCUGGAAGACCUUCCACCUCUCCCCGAGUAUGAGGUGGCCCCAUCCAAGUUAGGAGACGAGGUGGAUGAUGUGUAUCUCAUUCGUGCUCAAGGAUUACCGUGGUCGUGCACUGUAGAAGAUGUGCUUAGCUUUUUUUCAGAUUGCAGGAUUCGCAAUGGUGAGAAUGGAAUACACUUCCUCUUAAAUAGAGAUGGGAAGCGAAGGGGUGAUGCCUUAAUUGAGAUGGAGUCGGAGCAGGAUGUGCAGAAAGCCUUAGAAAAGCACCGCCUGUACAUGGGUCAGCGGUAUGUGGAAGUAUAUGAGAUCAACAAUGAAGAUGUGGAUGCCUUAAUGAAGAGCCUGCAGGUCAAAUCUUCGCCUGUGGUAAAUGAUGGUGUGGUUCGUUUGAGAGGACUGCCUUACAGUUGCAACGAGAAAGACAUUGUAGACUUCUUUGCAGGACUGAAUAUAGUAGACAUUACUUUUGUGAUGGACUACAGAGGGAGAAGAAAAACAGGAGAAGCCUACGUGCAGUUUGAAGAACCAGAAAUGGCCAGUCAAGCCCUAUUGAAACACAGGGAGGAGAUUGGUAACCGAUAUAUAGAGAUAUUUCCAAGCAGAAGGAAUGAAGUUCGAACAUAUGUCGGUGCUCAUAAGGGAAGGAAAAUGGCAUCUCCGUCUGCUAAGUAUAUAACUGAGCCUGAAGUGGUCUUUGAAGAACAUGAAAUAAAUGAGGAUGUUCGACCUAUGACAGCUUUUGAAAGUGAGAAGGAAAUAGAGCUGCCUGAGGAGGUGUCAGAAAAGCUCCCGGAGGCUGCUGAUUUUGGAACCGCGUCCUCGCUACAUUGUGUGCACAUGAGAGGACUGCCUUUCCAAGCCAACGCCCAGGACAUUAUAAACUUUUUUGCUCCACUGAAGCCUGUUAGAAUCACCAUGGAAUACAGUUCCAGUGGGAAGGCCACCGGAGAAGCGGAUGUGCACUUCGAUACCCAUGAGGAUGCCGUGGCAGCGAUGCUCAAGGAUCGGUCCCACGUCCAACAUAGGUAUAUUGAAUUGUUCCUGAAUUCAUGUCCAAAGGGGAAAUAAGACUUCCAGGGACUCCAGAGCAGAAGGAUGAAGCAAGAAGCAUUUCAUCUGCACGUCUGUCUUGGAUGUGGGAUAUAAAGUUCCACAUUUUUAGCAGCAACUGCUUGAGAAGGGAUUUUAGGGUUUGGGGUUAAUUGCUUAUAAGAAAAAUUCCAUAGUGGACUGUUUAGAAAGAAAAAGGGAAGAUUCAGUUUGGGAUUAAAUAAACCGCAAAUUUAAAUAUUGUUUAAACUGUCCAGGAUAGGAUCUGAUUUAAAAAUCUGGUCUUUAUUUCAUGAUUAAAUAAUUUGUUUUCAUAGAGUAUACAGUAUCCAAUGGGAAGACUGCAUAUUUUUAUUCAGCACUGUCCUUCAAAACCCCCUGUUUUAAAAAUGAUUUAUUUGAGGGCUGUGAUAUAAAACUUCCUGUGGAAUAAAAUGCUGAUUUAUUUUAACUAAAUACUCACCAAAGCAAGGAAAGGCUUCAGACCUUUGGACCUUUAUGGUUUGGCAGAGUAGCUAUAAUUUUAGGUGUAUUUGAUGACUUAGGGGUAGGAAUUUAAAAACAAAACUAUCCAAAACAAAGAAAAUGAACACACAGAUCAGUGUGUGUACUGACAGUGUUUUGCCUUUCUAAGCCUGUGCCACUGGCAUUUGACAUUAGUGCCUGUGUACUUCAGGAGGGAAUUCUAGUCUCAACCUAAAAGUUGUCUGAGCACAUCCCCCCACACCCCCACCCUGGUUUUUUGGCUUGGGGUAAACAUUAGGGAUGUUAGUCUUAAAGCUGUGAAGUGACGUGUCAAAACAGUCCCUACUGGUAAGAACACUGAUGGCUUCACUUGAAUUUAAACCAGCGCUAGAUAGGAAACCAUCCAAGUCCCCUCCUUUGCUUUUCAGUGGGGUCGCACAUCCCAUAUUGUAGAACAAGUAGGGGUGCCUUGCUUAAAUAAAAAUAGCUUUUAAUGUAAAAUUGUGUGGAGGGUUUAUGGAUAAAGCUGUACUUCUGUCACAGUGUGGCAAUAUUUUCUGCUUUAAUAUUAAACAGCUUGUUAUUUAAAUAUUGGAUCACAAUGGCUGGCUUCAAAAUGUAGUCUUUAAUAAACUAAUUUUCUGUGCACCUGUGUAGGAGAAUCAAAGUCCUGUAUACUUUCUUUGCCUUGUUCCUGUUCUCAGGGUGACGACUGCUACAUAGUUACCAGGAGAUGCAAUUCUAGUUUUCAACGUGAAACUUGCCCACAUUUCUGAGAGGAGAUACCUGGAAGAGAGAUUAUGUCUUCUCUCAAUACAUAACCAUCUUUGAUUACCAGCUAAGACACAAAACCACUGUACUGUAAAUAGUCAAUAAAUGAAGGCUUGGUUCAGGCUGCAGAUUA